GAAGUCUCCGGUAGAAGCACAGUACUGAUGACGUCGGGGGUUGAAUGACCAAUCGGAAGGCGCUGCCCUUUGGAGACAAACCAUUCGACUUGUGGUGUCUGCAUCAAGUCUGAAAGCAGGGACUCAAAUUUAACAGAAUCCACCUUAAAAUCUCUGCUUUAACUCCAGCCCACCUUCUGCCAAAACAAGUAGGAAUUGGAGAAGCAAAAGAAGCGGUGAUUUUUGGAGUUAAUAAGGGCCCUAACAUUUCUUCUCUGAGAAGAAGAAGAAAAAAAAAAAACUAAAAAUAAGGGGCUAGCUGUAGAGAACCCAUUUGGACUUGAGUGAGGGUAAGUGCUCUCAAAGCAGAAAAUUUGAUGAUGACCAUGACUACGAUGGCUGACGGUCUGGAAGCCCAGGACUCGUCCAAGUCUGCUUUCAUGGAGUUUGGUCAGCAGUCUCACUCACAGCAGAGCUCCCCGUCUAUGGGUGCCAGCCACUACCCGCUCCACUGCCUCCAUUCCGGAUCUCACUCUCAUCACCAGCACGAUAACUCCCCGUAUUCCGAACAGCAGAAAACGACAGUGAUUGAAAAUGGAGAAAUUCGCUUUAACGGAAAGGGCAAGAAGAUUCGGAAACCGAGAACAAUUUAUUCCAGUUUGCAGCUUCAAGCCCUAAAUCACCGAUUCCAACAAACCCAGUACCUCGCACUGCCUGAACGAGCAGAGCUGGCAGCUUCUCUCGGGCUCACUCAGACGCAGGUGAAAAUCUGGUUCCAGAACAAGCGAUCCAAGUUUAAGAAGCUCCUGAAGCAGGGCGGCAACCCACACGAAAGCGACCCCUUGCCCGGCUCGAUGGCCCUGUCGCCCCGGUCUCCGGCCAUACCGCCCAUAUGGGACGUGUCGGCGGGCAGCAAAGGAGUGAACGUACCCGCUAACACUUACAUGCCUGGGUAUUCGCACUGGUACUCUUCCCCACAUCAGGACACAAUGCAAAGAUCGCAGAUGAUGUGAGACGAGAGGAUUAACGAAUUCGCAGAAGAAGAAAAAAAAUAAUUGCGACUAGUAGUGGGGCUUUUUUUUCUCUCUCAAAGGAGGAGGGAAACGCAGGCCCAAAGCUCCUUUCGAGGUUUCUGAUCCGCCAGACCUUUACUGUACAUUCAAUCCACCACCUUCUGAUAUCCCAAAUUCAAGACCGUCUUAUUGCCGCCAGCUACGCUGAUGGGCUUUAAUCACACGGUGUCCGAGGAAAAUCUAGCUUUUUGAAAGAACACUGAGGAUGGCUUUCAUUUCUCUGCGACAUUAAGGACAAUCCCAAAGGAAGGAAACUUGGGGAAAAAAUGACCUGCUUCACAGAGAAGUUCCCUGCGUUAUCAGUCUUUUUUUUAACUUUAUUUUAAAAAGAGAAGUGCAAAUCUUAAAUACCAAAUAACACGGGAUUUCUACAUUUUUAUGACAAAACCCAGGACAAAGGUGGGACUUCUGCGAUCCGUUUCAAGCGAAGCGAUGAAAGAGCCUUUAACAUCGCAAUGAGGAGACGCAUGACAUAUCCUUUGCAUUAUGACUGAUGCAACUCCACAGCAUUUUAAAGGCAUUCUGUAUAUGUAUAUAUUGUUCGGUUCUAGUUGUAUAUACUUUCUAUGUUUUUGUC